UCUUGUCAAUAGUGGUUAUGUUGUGUUUAUACUGAUAUGAGUGAAAAUGAGAAGGUUACAUUCAUUACUUAUCAUUAGUUCAAAGCUCAGCAACCCAUAGUUUUUCAGUUAUGAACUGUUUCAAGGAGAGAAUAACCUAAGAGGAUUCUAAAGUAAUGUUGGUUUAGGAAGAUACUCGUUGUUGUUUCUUCUUAAUGACUAUCCUAUCGGGAAUCCGCCUCUGCUGAUUGCCGACUGAUACUUGUUUCGACAAUGGACAAGGCAAAUCUUGAUUUAAAUUUGUAUCAAAACUUUGUAGCAGACCUUGGUGUGCCCUUUGUAUGCCCCGACUGCAAUGAGUUGUUUGGGAGUGAGGAGUACCUAAGUCAACACUCUGACAUAUGCAAUGGAAUCAAAUCUCAUUUCAGCUCCGAAGUUCAUCCAGGAAGGCCUUUUGACACUCACAACAGUAAUGAUUCACUAGCCCUCAACACCGAAUCAUUCCAUCAGAGUGCAACCAGCCCAUCACCUGAAUUGAAACAACAUCAGGCAAACCAAGAAAAUGAUAUUUCUUCAAUCUUGCGCGGAGUGAAUCCAGACUUCAUUCUGGAAGCCACAGUAACGUCUCCAGAAAUCUUUCAUUCAGAGACCCAUAAACCCAUGGAGAGAUGUGUUCAUCACUCCAAUGAUGUGUUGUUAUCAAGCACUAAUAAUAGUUCACACGCUCUAAUGGCCUUUCCUCCCAUGGAUGAAGCAGGAACUUCUCAUGAAUCUGAGCCAGUCCCCUGGUUUUUAAAGCACCUCAUUAAAUCUUAUCUGAAGGUGGUAGCCCCAAAAAUUGAUAGUGGUACUGUCAGUACUGAUGGCCAAUGUUCUUCACCCAGUGGACUCCCCACAGUUUCAAAUGAUGCAGCUAUUGCUCUGGACCCACCAGUUUUAGGUCCAGUUAUCCAACAACUUGUAGAAGAGGAGCAGCUUAAAGAUCAAUCUGGGACCUCAACACUUCCUGCCUUACAAGAUGAAUCCUCAUCGGUGGUACUUAUUCAACAACAACAUAUCGAUCAUGAAAAUGUGAGAAAGGAAUCAUCAGGUAUUCAAGUUUGUAAUGAGUGUGGGAGGAGUUUCACAAAUAAGACUGAUCUCAAAGCUCAUAUGCAAGUUCACACUGGUGAAAAGCCAUUUGUGUGUAAGGAAUGUGGCCAGAGGUUUGCAUACAAGAGUAACCUGACAAAGCAUUAUAGUGUACACACUCGAGAAAGGCCAUUUGCUUGUCCUGUUUGUGCCGCUUCAUUUUCUCUGAAAAGUGGAUUGAAAUUACACUGGCGCACACACACUGGUGAAAAACCUUUUGAGUGUCCCGAAUGUGGGCAGCGUUUUGCUUCAAGUGGUAACUUAAAGAAGCACGUGACCAUUCAUAGGGGGCUGAAGCCUUUUGGCUGCAAAGUUUGCGGCCGCAGAUAUGCCAGCAGUGAGGCCCUCCAGAUUCAUUCUGCUACUCACACGGGUGAGAAGUGUUUCGUGUGUCCCAUGUGUGAUGCAGGCUUCACUCACAACAACAGGCUCCAGGCUCACAUUCGUACUCAUACGGGAGAGAAACCAUUUUUGUGUGACCAAUGCGACCUUUCUUUUGCUCGCAGAGAAGGGUUAAGGCUUCACAUGCGAAUUCAUACUGGGGAAAAACCGUACUCUUGCUCUGAGUGCGGACUGACGUUUUCUCACAAGAGCAAUUUGAAUGUCCAUUAUAGAACUCACACUGGAGAAAAGCGGUUCAGUUGUCCAUUCUGUAAGCAAAAGUUUGGUCAUAAUAGCAAUCUAAAGAAGCAUCUUAUGACUCAUGCUGAGGAAUGCAAUUUUCUUCCCCCAAUCAGCAAUUCAAGUGAUUCCAGCUGCUCCACUAAUGGUACUCCAACACUCCCUUCGUCAAUGAUAUCAUCUGUGACAAAGAUGGCUGCACUUAUGGGCUCCACUUAAGCUCUUCUGGGCACAUAAAAAUAUGUAUAUUUUGCCAUUCAUUUUCUGAUAAUAAUGAGACAUUUUUUCCUUUGAAACAGUGGUAUGUGUGGACUGUCUUAUUCAGUCCUUAAGGCAGUUUCAGUACCACUGUGAAUUGAGUGUUCGUCAAAAAGGGAAUUAAAUACAAAGUAAAACAUGCCAUUAAAAUGACUAAACCUGUCAUAUCAGUAACGGAUGUCUUCUGAUUUGAAUACAAUCGAAAGAUCCUUGUAGGAAUGAUUAAGCAUACUGAAAAAAUAGGUAAAAUGCAUUAUUACCACUAUUUUUUUAUUUUUUUGUCUUGUUGUGAAAAGCAAUUUUAAAGAAUUGCUAGUCUAGUUUGGUUUUCCCUUUAAAUAUUGUGUUCAUAAAAAUAUUUUAAUUUAUUUUGUUUUAUCUGUUUGUACCUGAUUAGCAUAUAUUUGUUGCUCUUAGUUGUUCCUAUUUUAAAAUUUUGUUCAGAUUGUUAUGUUUUGUUUUGCUGCUUUUAGACACUUGAUGUUUUAUUUGCUUUCCUCUUUGUAUUCUUUCCUUACUUUUGUACUUUUUUAAAAAAACAUUCAACAUGUUAAAUGUGAUUGAUAGCAUGUCAUAUCAAUUAAACCCUUCCCUUUAUGUGUAAAAACUGGAUGGGCUAAGCCUUUUCUUUUCUUCCAAGGCUGUUGUAUUUUCAAAUCAAUGACAACAUCUUGAUGUAAAAAUAAAAGCUGUAUGAACAAUCA